UCUACGUCAUCACUGUGCGACUGCGGGUCAACGUGACAAGCAACAUGUGAAGAAAACAUGCCGCUUUUCGGACAUUUAAGUUGUAGAUUUACUUGAUUUAGUCUCUAGAGACUCGUGUUUGGGUCACACCGUGUUCUGGUUCCGAUUCGGGAAGGUUCGGAGCCCAGAGGACCGUCACGUUAGCUAAGCUAGCGUUGCUUCUGUAGGGUUUGUUGGGGAGUUUUCCUAAAAACAUGGAUGAUCAUGCAGAGGAAAACACCGUGGAGAUCCACGGAGAUGAAGAAAUCAUUGAAGUCAUCGAUCUCAACGACACCGAACCAGAACCAGAGGAUUUGGCUGACGACCUGGACAAUGUGGACUUUGAGGAGGCGGAACUGGAGGACGACGAAGGCUGGGAGACGGAGGACGAGAUGGAAGCUGAAGCUGAACAAGAUGACAGCGAGCUCACCUUCUCCAAACACACAGGUUCCGUGUUCUGCGUGAGUUUGGACCCGGUCACCAACAGCCUGGCGGUGACAGGAGGAGAGGACGACAAGGCCUAUGUGUGGAGGGUGAGCGACGGGGAGGUUCUGCUGGAGUGUAGCGGUCAUAAGGACUCGGUGACGUGCGCCAUGUUCAGCCACGACUCCUCCCUGGUGGCGUCCGGCGACAUGAGCGGCCUGAUCAAAGUGUGGAGGGUGGAGACCAAGGAGGAGGUGUGGUCCUUUGAAGUGGGAGACCUGGAGUGGCUGGACUGGCAUCCCGCCGCUCCGGUGUUGAUGGCGGGAACCAACGACGGCAGCGUGUGGAUGUGGAAGGUCCCGGCGGGAGACUGCAAGACCUUCCAGAGCCCGGCGUGCCAGGCCACCUGCGGCAGGAUCCUCCCCGACGGGAAGCGGGCGGCGGUGGGAUACGAGGACGGGACGGUGCGCGUGUGGGACCUGAAGCACGGGAACGCCAUCCACGUGGUCAAAGGUCAGGACGGCCACCAGGGGGCGCUGACGUGCCUGGCGUGCAACAAGGACGGCUCCCUGCUGCUGACGGGGUCUGUGGACGGCUCCGCCAAACUCAUCAGCAGCAGCACAGGAAAGGUGGUGGGAACGUUCUCGGUGGAGGGGGGCAAGGCCACAGGAUCCCGGGACGAGGAGGAGUCCAACUCUGUGGAGGCGGUGGGCUUCUGCAGCAUCCUCCCGCUCAUCGCCGUGGCGUUUCUGGACGGGACUCUGGCGAUCUUUGACCUCUCCACCCACGUCCUGAGGCACAAGUGUCUCCACCAGGCCGGCAUCGUCCACCUGCAGUGGGAGGAGUCUUCCUCGGUGGUCUCCACCUGCAGUUUGGACGGAGCGCUGCGUUUGUGGGACGCUCGCUCCGGCGGCCUUCUGUCGGAGUACCGCGGCCACGGCGCCGAGAUCCUGGACUUCACCGUGAACAGGGAGGCGUCGCUCGCCGUCACGGCGUCAGGGGACAACCGGGCCAAAGUGUUCUGCCUGCAGAGACCCGACCGAUAGGACGAGAAAAAAGGACAAAAGUUUAGUUUGGAGAGAAGCGUUUCUCCUCCUCAGGGUUGGAAUAAAUGAUAAAAAAUUCAUUUUCCUUUCCUUAAAGAGUCUUUAAAAUGAAAUAAUCCAGUUUUUUUUUUUUUAGUUCACGUUUGCUUUUAUUGUGAAGUGAUCAGAAAUCUCUUCUUCCUUCCUUUUCUCUGCAUUGAUUUGUGUUUUUUUUCAUGUAAAUACAGUAAAUCUGGAUUAAAAGUGCUGUUCAGUGGCA